AUAUAUUUGCAAAUGCAAAGAAGGAUUUGUGGAUGCAAGUCCAAAUAUUGCCCACUAUCCAGGCCGUCAGUGUAUUGCGCCGAAAGGUUCCCAAUAUGUCAAUGAAGCCAAACUCCAACAAAUGCAAUUUCGAUGUCAUCCAAUAUUAAAACCAACUUGUUCAAUGGAUCGAGUAUGUUCAAGGAAUAGUCAAGGCAUGCAUUCAUGUCAAUGUUCACCAUCUAGUAUUUUAACUUCUAAUGGACAAUGCAUAACAUUCAAUCGCUGCAAAAAACAUAAUGAUUGCGAUUUGGUUGCGAUCUGUUCGAACACAUAUGAUGGAUAUGAAUGUCAAUGUCCGCCAGGAUUCUUAGAUACAUCACCUGAUCCUUUACGCUUACCAGGAAGGAAAUGCACUCAACUAAUUAAUGAGUGUGGUACAAAUAAACACGAUUGUUCACCAUACGCUACAUGUGUCGAUACGUUGGAAUCAUACCUGUGUCAGUGUAAUGCCGGAUUUAAGGAUGUUUCCUCACGCUAUGAUUUAAAACCUGGACGACGCUGUGCUCAAUCCAUGAAUCAAUGCGCUAAUCGAUUAGCGAAUUCAUGCGAUGAAAAUGCGGACUGUGUAACAUUACCCGACGGCUAUACUUGCAUUUGUGCUACCGGAUAUUUUGACGUUUCCAGUAAUGCUAAGCUACCACCCGGACGUGUAUGCACCCUGCAAACUCAGUGCCCAGCGCAAUCAACAGAUCUUGUUUUUCUAAUCGAUGGAAGUGGUUCGAUUGGUUAUGAUAUCUUUCAUAAAGAGGUCCUAAAGUUUACUUAA